GAUAUGGCCUUACCUCGUCUUACAGGAGCGUUGCGCUCCUUCUCAACUGUCACCAAACAAGAUGAUUAUAAUGAAGAAUCAGCUGACUUAAUGAUGAAACGAUCCAAACUUCAGAAACAAAUUUCAGAUUUAGGUCUCACGUGGAAUAAGAUCGUAAAAUUUGUGGAUGACAAUCUGGAGAAGAAGGAAGUGCAAAUUGUAAAUGAAGAUUUAAAAGAUAUCUUGAAAGCUGCAAAGCAGAUAGGUAAAGUUAAAGAAAUGUUUAAACUAUUUGAAUUGCUAGGACCUGAGGGAUUUGAACUUAUUGAGAAACUCCUCCAAAACAGAGUUAUAAUUGUGGAUAGAUUUCUGUCUUCAAAUGACCAUAAGUUGCAAGUUCUUCAAGACAAUUGUAAGAAAUUUUCAGGAGAAAAUGCUAAGCCUAAUUAUGGUUGCCAAGUCACUAUUCAAUCUGAACAAGAAAAGCAGUUAAUGAAACAGUAUCGUCGGGAAGAAAAACGAAUUGCCAGAAGAGAAAAAAGAGCAGGAGAAGAUGGAGAAGUUGUAGGAGAAGGACUAAUGUGUUUUGAUCCUAAAGAGUUGAGGAUGCAAAGAGAGCAAGCACUUUUGAAUGCUCGUAGUGUACCAGUUCUGAACAGACAAAGAGAUGCAGAUAUUGAAAAAAUUCAUUAUCCACAUGUUUAUGAUGCCCAUGCUGAAGCUAUGAAAACGUCAGCAUUCAUUGGGGGUGCAAAGAUGCUUUUACCAGAAGGGAUCCAAAGGGAGAACAAUAAGAUGUAUGAAGAAGUAAAAAUUCCCCACAGUGAACCCAUGGCACCAGGCUUUGAGGAAAAAGAAGUUUUUAUUAAAGAUUUAGAUGAGAUUGGCCAGCUGGCUUUUAAGGGAGUGAAAAAACUAAACCGAAUCCAGUCAAUAGUAUUUGAGACAGCCUACAACACAAAUGAAAACAUGCUGAUUUGUGCACCCACUGGAGCUGGGAAGACUAACAUUGCCAUGCUUACAGUCUUGCAUGAAAUUCGACAACAUGUUCAACAAGGUGUUAUCAGAAAGGAUGAAUUUAAGAUAGUGUAUGUUGCUCCAAUGAAGGCUUUGGCAGCUGAAAUGACAAAUUACUUUAGUAAGCGUCUGGAGCCAUUGAGCAUCACAGUGAAAGAGCUGACUGGUGACAUGCAGUUGUCCAAAGGUGAAAUUUUGCGAACACAGAUGCUUGUGACCACACCUGAAAAGUGGGAUGUGGUAACAAGAAAGAGUGUCGGAGAUGUAGCCCUUUCCCAGCUUGUAAAGCUUCUGAUUCUUGAUGAAGUCCAUCUGCUGCAUGAGGACAGAGGCCCUGUGUUGGAAAGCCUAGUUGCACGAACUUUACGACAGGUUGAAUCUACACAGAGCAUGAUAAGGAUUUUGGGACUUUCUGCUACGUUACCUAACUACCUCGAUGUUGCUACUUUUUUGCAUGUCAAUCCCUAUAUUGGACUUUUCUACUUUGAUGGCCGUUUUAGGCCAGUACCUCUUGGACAGACAUUUUUGGGAAUUAAGACAACAAAUAAGGUGCAACAGUUGAAUAACAUGGAUGAAGUAUGUUAUGAAAAUGUUUUGAAACAAAUAACAGCUGGACACCAGGUGAUGGUUUUUGUGCAUGCUCGAAAUGCCACUGUACGAACAGCUAUGGCCUUAAGAGAAAAAGCCAAAAAUAAUGGCCAUAUUUGCUAUUUUUUGCCAAACCAAGGACCUGAAUAUGGACAUGCUGAAAAACAGGUGCAAAAGUCAAGAAAUAAGCAGUUGCGAGAAAUGUUCCCAGAUGGCUUUAGUAUUCAUCAUGCUGGAAUGCUUCGACAGGAUAGAAGUUUGGUUGAAAACUUGUUUUCUCAUGGACAUAUCAAAGUCCUAGUUUGUACAGCUACAUUAGCAUGGGGUGUCAAUCUCCCUGCUCAUGCUGUUAUCAUUAAGGGAACACAAAUAUAUGCUGCAAAAAGAGGUUCCUUUGUUGACCUUGGAAUUUUAGAUGUCAUGCAGAUAUUUGGUCGAGCUGGAAGGCCACAAUUUGAUAAAUUUGGGGAAGGCAUAAUCAUAACAACUCAUGAUAAACUCAGCCAUUACCUGACUCUACUUACUCAACAGAAUCCAAUUGAAAGCCAAUUUUUGGAAAGUCUUGCAGAUAAUCUGAAUGCAGAGAUUGCUCUGGGAACAGUUACUAAUGUGGAAGAAGCAGUGAAGUGGAUAAGUUACACUUAUCUUUAUGUACGGAUGAGAGCAAACCCAUUAGUGUAUGGCAUCAGUCACAAAGCCUAUCAGAUGGAUCCAACAUUAGAGAAACAUCGAGAACAGUUAGUCAUUGAAGUUGGACGAAAGCUAGACAAAGCUCGCAUGAUUCGUUUUGAAGAACGGACUGGAUAUUUUUCUUCAACAGAUUUGGGCAGGACUGCCAGCCAUUACUAUAUCAAAUACAACACCAUUGAGACUUUCAAUGAACUCUUUGAUGCUCAUAAAACAGAAGGCGAUAUCCUUGCUAUAGUAUCUAAAGCUGAAGAAUUUGAGCAAAUUAAGGUCAGAGAAGAGGAAAUAGAGGAGUUAGAUGUUUUAUUGAAUAAUUUCUGUGAACUCUCUGCUCCUGGAGGUGUAGAAAAUAGUUAUGGAAAAAUAAAUAUCCUUCUUCAAACGUAUAUAAGCCGAGGAGAAAUGGAUAGUUUCUCCCUCAUAUCAGAUUCUGCAUAUGUUGCACAGAAUGCAGCUAGAAUUGUGCGUGCUCUUUUUGAAGUUGCUCUCAGAAAACGGUGGCCUGCCAUGACUUACCGGCUUCUGAACCUCAGCAAAGUCAUUGACAAGCGAUUGUGGGGUUGGGCUAGCCCUUUGAGACAGUUCUCAGUGUUACCACCAUCUGUCCUUACAAAAUUAGAAGAAAAGAAACUCACUGUAGAUAAGCUGAAAGACAUGAGGAAAGAUGAAAUAGGUCACAUGCUGCAUCAUGUGAAUAUUGGACUAAAGGUCAAGCAGUGUGUCCAUCAAAUUCCUUCCAUUACACUGGAAGCAGCCAUCCAGCCCAUUACACGUACUGUACUCAGAGUAAGACUGAACAUCUGUCCUGACUUCAAGUGGAAUGAUCAGGUGCAUGGUACAGUUGGAGAACCCUGGUGGAUUUGGGUAGAAGAUCCCACAAAUGAUCAUAUUUAUCAUUCAGAGUAUUUUCUCAUUCAAAAAAAGCAGGUCAUUGCUAAAGAAUCUCAGUUGCUGGUAUUUACAAUCCCUAUUUUUGAACCUUUACCAUCUCAGUAUUACAUUCGGGCUGUUUCUGACAGAUGGUUAGGCGCAGAGGCUGUAUGUAUCAUCAACUUUCAACAUUUGAUUUUACCAGAGAGACAUCCUCCUCACACAGAAUUACUGGAUCUGCAACCAUUACCUGUCACAGCUUUGGGAUGCCGAAAAUAUGAAUCCUUAUACAACUUCACCCACUUCAAUCCUGUACAGACACAGAUAUUUCACACAUUGUAUCACACAGAUUGUAAUGUACUACUUGGAGCACCCACUGGCUCAGGAAAGACUGUAGCUGCUGAAUUAGCCAUCUUCAGAGUCUUUAACAAGUAUCCCUCAUCAAAGGCUGUCUAUAUUGCACCACUGAAAGCUCUAGUACGUGAAAGAAUGGAUGAUUGGAAAGUUAGAAUAGAAGAAAAACUUGGUAAAAGAGUUAUUGAGCUAACAGGAGAUGUGACUCCUGAUAUGAAAUCCAUUGCCCAAGCUGACCUAAUUGUCACUACACCAGAAAAGUGGGAUGGAAUCAGCAGAAGUUGGCAGAACAGGAGCUAUGUUAAAAAAGUUGCCAUUCUCAUUAUAGAUGAGAUCCAUCUGCUAGGGGAUGAAAGAGGCCCAGUCCUAGAGGUUAUUGUGUCUCGAACUAACUUCAUUUCUUCUCACACGGAAAAACCUGUUAGAGUAGUUGGAUUGUCUACUGCGUUAGCUAAUGCCAGAGACCUUGCUGACUGGCUCAAUAUUAAUCAGAUGGGGUUGUUCAACUUCAGACCAUCAGUUCGUCCCGUUCCUCUGGAAGUUCAUAUUCAGGGUUUCCCAGGUCAACAUUACUGCCCUCGUAUGGCUAGUAUGAAUAAGCCUGCAUUUCAGGUGGGGACUGCUUUUGUUCAAAUGAAUGACGUCAUUGGAACAAUAAGAGAUUCUAACCUAAAACUGACUCUUGCCUUUGGAAUAGGAAUGCAUCAUGCUGGACUGCAUGAAAGAGAUAGAAAAACAGUAGAAGAAUUAUUUGUAAAUUGUAGAAUCCAGGUUCUUAUUGCUACAAGCACAUUAGCAUGGGGUGUAAACUUUCCAGCUCAUUUAGUAAUUGUUAAAGGGACAGAAUAUUAUGAUGGAAAAACAAGGCGCUAUGUGGAUUUUCCCAUAACAGAUGUACUUCAGAUGAUGGGACGUGCUGGUAGACCUCAAUUUGAUGAUCAAGGCAAAGCUGUAAUCUUGGUUCAUGACAUAAAGAAAGAUUUCUACAAAAAGUUUCUUUAUGAACCAUUCCCAGUAGAAUCAAGCUUACUAGAUGUGCUUUCUGAUCAUUUGAAUGCUGAGAUUGCUGCUGGUACAAUAACAUCCAAGCAGGAUGCAAUGGAUUAUAUUACCUGGACUUAUUUUUUCCGUCGGCUUAUCAUGAACCCCAGUUACUAUAACCUGGAUGAUGUGAGCCAUGAGUCCAUGAAUAAGUUCCUUUCAAACCUUGUGGAAAAGGCCCUCAUUGAGCUGGAACAUUCUUAUUGUAUUGAAAUUGGAGAGGAUAAUCGGAGCAUUGAACCACUUACAUUUGGCCGAAUUGCAUCCUAUUAUUAUUUGAAGCACCCAACCGUCAGAAUGUUCAGGGAUCAUUUGAAACCUGAAUGCAGCGUGGAAGAUUUGCUUUCAGUUCUGACAGAUUCUGAAGAAUAUGCAGAUCUGCCAGUGAGGCACAAUGAAGAUCAGAUGAAUGGUGAACUGGCAAGGAAUCUCCCCAUUGAAGUAAAUCCUCAUUCAUUUGACAAUUCCCACACAAAAGCACAUCUCCUGCUGCAAGCUCAUUUCAGCCGAGCCAUGUUACCAUGCCCAGAUUAUGGCACUGACACUAAAACAGUGCUGGACCAAGCUAUCAGAGUAUGUCAGGCAAUGUUGGAUGUUGCAGCAAACCAAGGCUGGUUAGUAACUGCCCUGAAUAUUACCAGUCUGAUUCAGAUGGUAAUCCAGGGUCGAUGGAUAUAUGACUCCUCUCUUCUUACACUGCCACACAUAGAGCAGCACCAUCUUCAUCUUUUCAGGAAAUGGAGCCAAGGAAAAAGAAAGGGUCCACCUGGAAGUUAUCAGGGUCCCAUUGAAUGCCUUCCUGAAUUGAUUGCUGCUUGUGAAGGAAAAGAGAAAAUAUUCAAUUGCAUUAUAGAUGGGGAACUUCAAACUGCCCAUGUGGCUCAGGCUUGGAAUUUCUUGUCUCAUUUGCCAGUGAUAGAUGUUGACUUCAGCAUUAAAGGCUCGUGGGAUUCAGCUGAGGGACAGAACGAACUGUGUAUCCCAACUUUGGCAACAGAUGGACGAGAUGACAAAAAAUGGAUCAAGUUACACGCUGAUCAAGAGUAUGUGCUUCAGGUCAACUUGCAGAGAGUCCACAUGGGGUACCAGAAGGGAAAACAUGACAGCAAAGCUAUUACUCCUAGAUUUCCCAAAUCUAAGGAUGAAGGGUGGUUUUUGAUAUUAGGCGAAGUAGAUAAAAAAGAACUUGUCGCUUUGAAAAGAGUGGGGUACAUCAGAAAUAGAAAUUCUGUCUCUGUUGCUUUUUAUACUCCUGAAACAUCUGGAAGGUAUAUCUACACACUUUAUCUUAUGAGUGACAGCUAUCUUGGCAUGGACCAGCAGUAUGACAUUUAUCUGAAUAUCAUCCCAGCGAGUGUUUCAGCACAGAUCAACACUAAGGUCUCUGAUGCCUUGACUGACCUGGCUGUGAAGUAACCUGACCUGAACAAUACCUUUGAAAGAAGUGGUUGUGAAAUCUGGCUGUUCAGUCUUCUGGACAACAUUGAAAUUACUUGAUGUUUGCCUUAGUGGAAUCAACUUCUAACCUCAAGACACCUCGGAAAUUGAAAAGUGGCUGCUGUAUUGACUCUAGUAACCCAGAGUUAGCCACAGUGGCCUUAUAAAAAGUUGCCUUUU